AUGUCGCAAGAGCAAGACAUCUACGAAGAACGCCUUCGAGAAGAACGGCUCCAAACCCCUGCCGCCCGUGCCAGAGAGCUUGUGCGGGACGAUGAACUCAGGAAAGCUCGGAGGAACGCUGAAUGGAUGAUUCCGGCUAUUGAGCGUUUUUCAGAUGAGGCACAAGCACAGGUCGAUCAGGAAUACAGGCAAUCCAUGGAACCCUUCUUACAGCUUUGCCAAGACGAACGAACGAGGCAAAUCAUCUUAGCACCGCGGGGAUUCGAGAAAACCUUAGAACGAAUCUGGAAGUGGGUAUCGCCGGCGCCGCCAGCCUGGAUACAAAAGAUCCUUGAGGUUAAAGAAGAGUUUGGUUUUAUCUGGAUGACUUUGCGUGGAUUGGAAACUGAGAAGUGGCCUACGUUUUAUCCCAACGAGAGUAUGGCAGAAGAUGAUGACUUGCGAAAACACUUCAGAGAAGAGAAUCACGAUCUUUUUACUGCUGGAAUUCUACGGAAUACUUUUAUUGUCAUACCUAUUGAAUUAACUUGCGAGGACAAUCUUCGUCGUACAGAAGCUAGUGGUGAUCUUCUUGAUCCUUAUUGGGUUUGGGCAUAUGAUGCAGACUGGGACAGUUCAGAAGAAGAAGAAACUGUCUUUGAUGGGGAGAAUUACCAAGGGCGUAUAAAGGUAGCUAUUUGGUCGGUUAACUCAUGGUUUUAUGCUGCUCGCAGCGAGGGUACAAGUCUUCGGGAUAUGUGGCUAAAGGCACAGCAGCAUCCUGAAAAGUUAUGGAUUUGCUAUACGAAGGAAUUAAAAGAGUGGGAUCACGAGCCGUACAUUUAA